UACUUUAUCGUCUUGUGCAUAUUACGUAUGUCAACACGUGGUUAAACUGUAGUUUGAGUUUAAUAAGUUUGUUUUACAUUAUUUAUUUAUUAUGACUUCGACAGAAGUAGAUGUAGAUGAAGAAAAUGAGGAGAAGUUUAAAAAUUUUCAUGACUUUGGAUUAGAUGAUAGAAUUUUAAAGGCUAUUGCGAAAUUAGGUUGGUUAGAACCUACACUAAUACAGGAAAAAGCAAUACCAUUAUUAAUGAAUGGAAAAGAUGUUUUAAUCAGAGCUAGAACUGGUUCGGGUAAAACCGCUGCAUUUGCAAUUCCAUUGAUACAAAAAAUACUAUCUAAUAAACAAACUCAAACAAAACAAGAAAUUAAGAGUUUGAUCCUAACUCCAAGCAAAGAACUUUGUAAACAAAUCUAUGAAGUACUUGUGGAUCUAACCAUAAAAUGUAGCAGAGAUAUACGAUCUAUUGACAUUAGUCCACAGAUUAGUUUAGAUACUCAAAAAUCAUUAUUAGUAGAAAUGCCAGAUAUUGUUGUGUCUACACCUAGUAGAUUGUUGCAACAUUUCAAGGCAGGCAAUCUUUCAUUAAAACAUAGCUUAGAAACAUUGAUAAUUGAUGAAGCUGAUUUGGUUUUUUCAUUUGGUUAUGAAGAUGAAGUAAAACAGGUUUUGACUUAUCUACCAAGAAUUUAUCAAGCUGUAUUAGCGUCUGCAACUUUGUCCGAAGAUGUCUUAACAUUGAAAAAAUUAGUUUUACAUAAUCCAGCAAUUUUGAAAUUAGAAGAACCUCCAUUAGCUCCACCAACACAAUUGGCGCAUUACAGUCUAGCUGCAGAAGAGAAUGAUAAGGCUGCUAUUUUAUAUGCCUUAUUGAAAUUACAUUUAAUUAGGGGAAAAACUAUUAUUUUUGUAAAUACUGUUGAUCGAUGCUAUAAAUUAAAACUCUUUUUGGAACAAUUUGGAAUACCAACGUGCGUGCUUAAUUCCGAAUUACCUGCAGUUUCUCGAUACCGAGCUAUCACACAGUUCAAUUGCGGAACAUAUGACAUAAUAAUUGCAUCUGACGAGAAAGCUUUAGAUGAGGAACAUCUAAUAAAAGCUAAAAAAGGAAAAAGGAGAAAAGAUAAAGAAUCGGGUGUAGCUCGUGGCAUAGAUUUUCAAUUUGUAUCAAAUAUAAUCAAUUUUGAUUUUCCACUUGAUGUGAAUUCUUAUAUACACAGAGCAGGACGUACGGCACGAGGAAAGAAUCAGGGCACAGCUUUAAGUUUCAUAUCUAUAAGGGAAAGGCCUUUACUGGAAGAGGUAGAAGGAGAAUUGAAAGAAUGCUAUGCUCACGAUACUUUGUUUAAAACUUAUCAAUUUAAAUUAGAAGAAGUCGAAGGGUUUAGAUAUCGUGCGAAAGAUGCAUGGAAAGCUGUAACUAGAAUAGCCGUGCGCGAAGCUCGUUUGAAAGAAAUUAAACAGGAAAUAUUAAAUUGUGAAAAGUUAAAAAGUUAUUUCGAAGAUAAUCCGAAAGAUUUACAGUCGUUACGUCAAGACAAAGCUUUACAUACAGUAAAAUUACAACCUCAUUUGAAAGAUGUACCAGAAUAUAUAGUACCACCUACCUUGAAACGUUUAAUAGGAAUGGGAAAGAGGAAACGAAAAUUCGAUCGAGAAUUAGCGUCUUCGGGUGCUACCGCAACGAAAUCGAGACAUCAAGCACGUGCAUCAAAUCCUCUUAUCAAUUUAACAAUAAAGAAACGUAAAAAGUCAAAAUAAAUCUUGUAGGUUAUUGUUAAGAAAAGUUUGUAUAAAAUAAAAUUUACUGUUCCUAUUUUUAA